CUCUUCGCUAAAAGCCCUUCGAACUGUACAACGUUACAUCACGUACGAUAUUUCGAUUUUCUUGCUCCCAUUAAAGUUCAAUUCCUUCGAAAAGAAUCGAAAAGGAAAAAAUUAUCCAAGGUGGUCUACCGUUCGAAGGAAAGUCCAAGAUGAGAUAGUAAAAAGAAGAGAAAAGAAAUUGGCCCACCGAGGAAGCAGAUAUGGGAAAAUAUAGUCGAUUUGGAAAAGUAUCACGGUGCAGCAUUAUUCUUCGACGUUUAUCCAUCGAAUCUGAAAACUCGGAUCUUCGCACAACUUUUUGAAGAACGGGAUGACAUACACGGUGAUAUAAUAUAACGUAUAAUACACGUGUGGAGAAUCGAUGUCAUUCCGAGGAGAAAGUUUGAAAGAAGAAAUAUUGUAGUGGCUAUUAUCGGCACUUCGAUUAAUAGACUGUAAACAAUCAAAUGGAUAAUUUUAAAGGAAAAUCCUUUUGGUUAUCCUUCCGAUUCUACGUUAAAUCAUCAAUUCUCGUUGACAGUGAUCGUUGUUACCUGUGAACAGCGCCGAUUCUUUCACCGAUCUUCUUCAGAGUAAAUUCUACUUCAUCUGGUGCGUGUAUCGUUGACAAGUUAUUUUUGUGCGUUUAUUCAUUUGCCGGGUAAUGGUAAAUGGUAAAGAAAAACGGUAUACUUGCGCGAACAAGUAACCGAUUGUUAAGUGAUCCUCGUCCCGUGAGUGUCGGUACUUAACUUUUUAUAAUACUUACAAUUAUCUCUUUCUCUUGCUCUUCGACAUCAUCAUCGUAUCGUCAUUCUUUUUCUUUUUCUUCUUCUUUCCCUUUUCCUCUUCGUCAUCGCAACCACCGGUCCAUUGUAUUCGUUCGCUUCAUCGAUCCUCGCAUUACCCUUUUCUCUUCGAUUAUGAGAGAGGCUAUAAUAAUUACCACCUGCCUGUUGGGUGCCGUGUUCGCUGGAAGUCCUAGACUGCCCAGGACCUCUGCCGAUGAACGUAACACGCGUAACGUUAGUAACAAUGGAGGCAACGUCGCUGGAAACACGAUGCCGGCAUCCGUUCGCAAUUCUCAACGAAACAGAGAACAAUACCUUUUCAACGUAUUCGAGGUGAUAGUUUCGACAUUGGAAUCGAAAUUGCAGCGAAUCGAAAAUCUGGACAAAGCGGUGGAACAUUUGAUGAGAAGAGUCGAAGCUUUGGAUUCACGCGUGAACGAUAACAUCGAUAAAACCGAUGCCGUUAUCACGAAACUCCGAACACUGGAUUUAAAGCUGUUCAAUGCUCAAUCAAAUUUCUUUCCGGUCGAACCUGCGUACGGGACAAGAACCUCUGACAACAAAAAUGGUAGCGCGGCUAAAAGCGGUUCGACGAUCCAAACGAUUAAUCAGAAGCAAGAAGACACAGAAGCGUCGGAAACGCUCGGUGAAAAAUUAUUGUCCCUCGAUCAAAAGGUCUCGGACAUUGAUAACAAACUGAUCGAUUUAAAGAACCAACUGGACAAUAACUUUUUACAAAACGACGACAUAAACGCCGAGGCUAGCGAGAAAAAACCAAUUAGCAUGAGCGUGAUCGAGAUCACGAAAGCGAUGAGCAACGAAGUGAUCAACCAUGUUACGAUCGAGAUUGAGAAUCUUCGACAGGCGACCACCAAUAUCGAUAGGAAAUUACAAUUCCAUACGAAUCUGGUGUCCGAUCGUUUGGGUGCUAUACAGAACAUGGUGACGGACGUACACGACGCGAUACUCGUCGGAGCAACCGCAAACGGUCAACAAAUCUUCAAUGUUACACCGGCUAUUGAAGUGUCACCGAAGCAAAGUAAAAUCGAUCGACUGGUGCAACAGAUGUAUCCAAUGAUCACGGUGUCCGAUAAAAUCGAUCAAAUUUGGAACGUGGUGGUUGGCACCAAAAGUUCCGUGGAUAAUCUAUUACCGAAAUCGGACGAAUUGCUUUCUCAAACGCAGAGACAGGAAAGAGCGAUCAGUGAGAUUCAACAAGAUUUCAGAUUGAAGACGAACAAGAUUAUUGAGAAUCUAGAAGACGUUGAGAACAGGUUGCGCAAACAGGUAGACGAUGUACCUGGUACUCUUGGUCAACGUCCGAUUCCUGCGGAACUGUUGCUCGAUCCAACGAUCGAUCGACUGGUGGAAUACGAUUCGAGUAGAUACGUUGGAUCGACCGAAGAAAUAACGACCGAGACAAGUGCUACACCAGUAACACCAACUACCAUCGUGUCUUCCUCGGUCUCCAUGUCGAUGUCGUCCUCCACGUCGUCGAAUAUCGUCCCGGUUACUGGUUUCAACAAUUCUAACAUUAUCAGCGCUGGUCUCAACAAUUCCAUCAACUCCACCACUAGUCCUGGGAUAGUUGGAUCCUCUUCGAACUCUCAACGAUCCUCGGCUAAAAAUCGUGGAGUUAUAUUCCCGAGCGUUAAGAAUAAACCAAGCCCAGCGAAUUCAACCUUCGCCACCGAUGCGUUCCUCAGUUUCAAAGAUGUUAAGGGUUACUCGUGCGUUGAUUUACUGAACGCAGGCAUGAGAGACAGUGGUGUCUACUAUCUUCAGAUACGCGGGACAACUUACUGGUUCCUCAAAGUUUACUGCGAGCAGGAUAUAGCCGAAGGUGGUUGGACGGUUAUUCAAAGAAGAGACGAUUUCGGUGAACCAAGGGAGAAUUUCAAUCGCGAUUGGGCAGACUACAAGAACGGGUUUGGCGAUCCUGCCAGAGAAUUUUGGCUCGGCAAUGAAAACAUAUACAUGUUAACAAAUAACGAAGAUUACAUGCUUAGAGUGGAACUGGAAGAUUUUGAAGGUAACAAAAGGUACGCGCAAUACUCUCAUUUCAAAAUCUAUUCGGAAGGAGAAUAUUACAAAUUGGAAAUAGAUGGAUACGAUGGGAACGCUGGUGAUUCCUUGAACGAUCCUUGGUACGGUUCAAACAAUAGUCCUUUCUCCACGUACAACAGAGAUAACGACAGGUCAUCCUUGAAUUGUGCUUCCAUGCUGAAAGGUGGAUGGUGGUGGAAAUCAUGCGGUCGUGGAUUAAAUGGUCUUUACUUGAACGAUCCUCAGGAUUUGACUGCUCGGCAAGGUAUCGUAUGGUUUCGUUGGAGAGGCUGGGAUUACACUCUAAAACGCGCCAUGAUGAUGAUCAAACCAAAAGGACCCACGGCAGCUCCAUAGGAUAUUAAAAUGAUACGAAAGAAGAAGAGGGAGAAGAAGAAAAUGAGCUAAAAAAUUUUUCACAAGUUGUGCUGAGCAGGAACAACAACCUUGUUAUUCUUACUUUCUUCUGAAAGAUAAAAUUGAUUUCUAUUUCCUUUUCUCUAUUAAAUGUAUGCGUGUUAAGUAUCUGGCCUCGAUGUUGUGAUCACGAGAUAUGGCUAUGUCAAUGAAAUAUGUAAUUUUAUUUAUUUUGGUAAU